CUAUUUUGGAGGAUUGGAAAACUCAGAUAAUUCACACAUUGAAAUUGACGAAAUUCAAAUACAAACACAAUUACUACACCCACCUCCAGUUGUAGCCGAUGUCGCACUAAAACAUUAUGAUCGAAAUAAAUUAAAAUUAUAA